AUUUGCGACCGAAACGUCCGUUGAAUGAUGAUUAUCAGAGAAUAUUCAUUGUCUUUUGGUUUUGUUGGUUCAUUUUUAUGCGGCUGAGAUUUCCCUUCCAUUUAACUUGGUAAGGCCGCUUCCUGUCGUUUGCGGAUCAUUCUUCGCGAUACCCUGACCAGAGCAUGGAUUGCUGUUGCUGAAGAUGUCUUCAUUUCUCUCCAAGGCGGCAUCAGAUCCGCGGGUACAGUUGGCCACUACAGCCAUCAUCUCCGGCGCGACGGUCGCAUGCCUCAUAUUUGGCUAUCAGUCCUUAGCUAGGGAAGAAAGACUCGAUGAGUUGAAGCGUUCCAUCCCCCCUCCGACAGAUACUACAUCCACCCUUGACAAGGUUAGAAAAACCGGCGGCACUCUUCCGCCCGUCGACAAGGAAGAUGCUCGGAACGAAGCACUGGCGAGGCGAGCGCAAGCGGGGGACUUCGACGACGAGCUCAUUCUAGAGCAGCUGGCCCGGAACCGCGUCUUCCUCAAAGACGAAGGGCUGGAAAAGCUGCGCAAGUCGUUCGUCAUCGUGGUAGGCUGCGGCGGCGUUGGGUCACACUGCACCGCCGCGCUCGCCCGGUCCGGGGUCUCCAAGAUCCGGCUCAUCGACUUCGACCAGGUCACGCUCAGUUCGCUCAACCGCCACGCCGCCGCCACGCUGGCGGACGUGGGGAUGCCCAAAGUCCAGUGCCUCUACCGGCGCCUGAUCGCCGUCACGCCCUGGGUGAAGUUCGACCUGCGUCUGCAAAAGUUCGAGGGCGAUGUCGCCGACGACGUGCUCUCGCCGUGGACGGAGGACGGCCAGCCGCCCGACUUCGUGGUGGAUGCUAUCGACAACAUCGACACCAAGGUCGCGCUGCUGAAGUAUUGCCACGACCGCAAAAUCCCCGUCAUCUCGAGCAUGGGGGCCGGCGCGAAGAGCGACCCGACGCGGAUCAUGAUUGGUGAUAUCGGGACUAGCACGGAUGACGGCCUGUCGCGGGCGACGCGGAGGAGGCUGAAGCUGCAGGGCGUCACGAGCGGGAUACCUGUCGUCUACUCCAACGAGAAGGCAGGCGAGGGCAAGGCCGAGUUGCUGCCUCUUCCGGAAGAUGAAUUCCAGAAGGGCAAGGUCGGGGAUCUGGGGGUGCUCCCCAACUUCCGCGUACGAAUUCUACCGGUUCUUGGAACCAUGCCGGCGGUGUUUGGAUACACCGUCGCCAACUACAUCAUUCUGAGCAUCACGGGAUAUCCGCUGGACAACAGCGUGAAUAAGAACCGCGACAAGAUGUACGACGGCAUCUUGGGCCUCGUCCAAGCCAGUGAAGAGAGGCUCGUGCGGUAUUCAGAGGGCACAAGCGCCGAUCUCGAUGUCGCCAGGGGCCUGCGACUGCCGCUAACACCAGGCGACGUGGCGUUCCUUGUCGAGGAGCUGUACAAGGGCCGCAGCGCCAUCACGGGCGUGCCGACGAGGCUUUCCCUAGUCCGGUGGCGGAAGCCGGAAGGCACGCCCCUCAUAAGGAUAGGAGAAGGGCUAGAGGAGCAAAAGAGCUCGAACGUUAGGCUGGGUGAUUUGGUCUGUAUGACCAAGGAUGAGGCAUCGAGGCAUGAGAAGACUAUCUUGAUGGGUGUUGGUCGUAUCGAGGAUCUCUACGAUGAGCAGACGAUUUCCAAAGUGGAGGAGAGGAUUAAAGAGGCACAAGAGUCUGAGAGAUACAGAUCAUAGUGACUCAAAUAAGGCCGUCUCUUGGUACCAAGCCGUAGAGGCAAGUAUCUAGUGUAGAAAUCUGCAGAAUAUGUUGCCUGC